CCAUGCACUGUUCUGGGGCUGGGCAGUGGUUGCUCAAUCCAGGGACAUCUCCAGCCUCUGCUGCUCAGCUGUGCACGGUGUUUUUCUCUCUGCCUCCUCCAGCACGGCGUUGAGGAGACGGCAGCAGAAUGCCAGAAGCUGGGAGCCACUGUUCAAACCUUUGUGGUGGACUGCAGCAAACGGGAGGAGAUCUACAGCACUGCAGACAAGGUGAAGAAGGAUAUUGGGGAUGUGACCAUCCUGGUGAACAAUGUUGGUAUUAUUACAGCUGCCGACUUUCUCUCGACUCAGGACCACCAGAUAGAAAAGAUGUUUGAAGUCAACAUUCUGGGUCACAUGUGGGUAAGGGCCACCACCUUCU